GCCUGUUCUGUGCGGACGGGUUCUACCUAACGGAGGACUUCACUUGCGAACUCAAGAAGUGCACGUGCAGCAACGGCGUGGCGGCGGAGGGCACGGACUGUCCCAUGCACAACACCGAAUUCUGCAUGAGUUGCGAUGAGCCGGGGGGCUAUGUGCUGGAGAACAACAAGUGCCAUCGGCGACACUGCACCUGCGAACACGGGAAGGAGCGGUGGGGCCUGCCGUGCACCAUCGACGGGGAGCACCAGUGCGCCAGCUGUAUGGCGUUCUCAAACGUUACACUCUCAACUGUUACAUGGAUUUCUAAUGCAACAACAGAAAUAGCGAAGGUGGCAAUAUUGCUGCUUUCGCAUCACAGAUUUGACACAGAUUAUCAUGCUUUUUAGCCCUUCGAAAAUUUGUCAUGCUAACCACCUUGAUCAAGUGGAGGCUGAUGGCAAUUUUGCAUGACAAAUCCGUGCAACAAUUGAGAACGUAACAGUUGAGAAUGCCAUAAGCUGCGACGCUGGGUUCGCGUUGAAGCCUCCGGUAUCCUGUGCAAAAGUAUCGCACUCGCAGUAAUUGCAUUUAUGCAUUACGAAUCUCUUUAUCAAGGCAAAUCAGCAUCACAAAUUUGAUUUGUAAUGCUUGGCUAAUUUGUAAUGCUAAUGCAUUUAUACGAGUGCGAUACUUUAACUUUUGCAAUCCAUACCCGGCGGCAUUCGACAAAAUCACCGAGCACGGGCAGACCUGUGCGGGGCACCCGUUGCAGAUCGGCGAAGGCGACUCAAAGUACU